GUGGCCUUAUGGCGCCAGGACUGAAUCGUUGCCGUUCGCCUGGCACGGAGAUUCGUGAUGGAGGCCCACACUCUCAGCUGGUUGACCCCUACCACCGAGCGAUACAACUAGCUUCCUCCUCCGAUACGACUAGCUACGACUCUGCAUAACUGACAAAUACAUCGGCAGCCUCCCCCACCUCCCCGUCCUUGUGCUCUGCCAGCUUGUACGGCGGCGACAUGGCCGCACGCCGGACCCCGGUCACCCCACCACCCCGGUCCCCUCCUCCUGCUUCAAAUUUGAAUCUCACGCCCAGGACCGUCACCUUCCGCCAGCUCUCUCUGACUCUGAGGUCUGCUACUCUCCGGCCGCCGUUCCGCCUCGACAGAGAUCUAUCCUCGAGAUCUCGCCGCCCCCCCUGCGGUCGCAGAAGUGAUGAUGGCAGGAACACCAGAGGGAUUCACUGAUUUGCUCCUCAGAAUGAUGGAGCCAAAUCAUGAGCCAAACUGGGACUGGUUCCCAACAAUUGCUAGUCAGGAUGCCAAAUCGAGCGCACACACUUCGCCGCCCAUGCUGAGUUCGGAUUCAAGCAUGUGUGCAUCAGAUCCAGUGCCCUGCAGGUUCAGAGAUGAUGAAGACUGCAUCAAAGAUUCGGUAUGCGACCUCAACGAGUCUCCCCGUUCCGAGGAAGCAGACCUGUCAGCUCCAGAGUUGCAGGAACAAUCCCAAAUCCGGGAUGAUUCGCCAAUCCGGACGGCAUGCUAUUCCCCUGCAUCGAAUCGCACUUUGAAGAGGAGGUUCCGCCGAGGAGAAAUUCCUGAUUCAAGGGAACCAAGUUCAGGAAAGAAGAGUGCACUAGAGAUAGCUAUGAGGAAGUCAAAUGAGAGAAGCUCUGGAGCUGUCAUAUCACCAGAGAUAGGGAUGGAGUUCGAUUCAUUACCUGAAGCCUAUGACUUUUAUAAUUUGUACUCAUGGGAGAUUGGAUUCGGCAUAAGAUACGGGCCGUCAAGAAAGAACCCCUCAAAGAGCAAAAUUCUGCAGGACAUAACUUGUGGCUGUCAGGGGAAACCUAGGCAUCUCAACACACGUUCAGUUUGCUGCGGCUGCACAGCAAUGAUCCGUUUGCACCGAACAGAUGAUCAUGGAUGGUACAUUCACGAGUUCAGGAAAGAUCACAAUCAUGGGCUGGCAAUAAAACGCGGGGAAAAGUUGCAGUGGCCAUCACAUAGAAACAUUGACCCGCACACGAAGGACCUUGUUAGGAACCUCAGGGACAACAAUGUGGGCCUCACGAAGGUGUUCAGUGUUAUUGGGAGCUUCUUCGGAUCAAUGGAAAAUAUUCCUUUCAACAAGCGAUCACUAAGGACACUGUGUGCAAGCAUCAGCAGGGACCAUUCAGAGGAUGACGUGAAGAAAACGUAUGAUGCUUUUUCAGAAAUGAAGCUGAAAGACCCCAACUUUCGUGACAGCUGCUUGGCAGACUCGGAAGGGAGGAUCAGAGCACUAAUGUGGACAAACGGGAAGAGCCGUAUGCAGUACAAUCUGUUUGGGGAUGCAAUAACCUUUGACACAACCUACCGCACAAACCAGUAUGACAUGCCUUUUGGAUUAUUCGUUGGUGUCAACAACCACUUCCAAAGUAUAAUCCUAGGUGGUGUCCUGUUGACGAACGAGAAGACAGAGACAUUUGAGUGGGUGUUCAAAGAAUUUGUAUCUCUAAUGGGAGGGAAACCACCAGCGACCAUUCUUACAGAUCAGUGUCGUGCGAUGGAGAUAGCUAUUGCCGCUGUUCUCCCUGAGACAACCCACAGAUGGUGCAAGUGGCAUGUUUUGCGCAAAGCUAAAGAAUGCAUGGGAUCUAUUCGAAAGCGUCUGAUAUUCGAGGUCAGAGAGAAGUGGGCGAAGCCAUACUUUGCUGGAAAGUUCUGCGCUAGGAUGACAAGCACCCAACGUUCUGAGAGUGCCAACCACAUGCUAAAGGGUUUUGUCCCGCCAGGGUCUUCAAUGAACAUGUUUGUUAGGCACUACGAUAAGCUGCAGUUUGACAGAGAUGAGGAGGAGAACUACCAGGAGAUGCGCAGCCGCCUGGGAGGUAUAGUGCUCAACAGUGGGGAGCCUAUUGAGAUGCAUGCGAGCAAGAUUUACACACCAAACAUGUUUGGCUUAUUCAAGGUACACUUGUUCCAGUCGGGGUCAUAUAUUGUGCAGGAGGUAAUUGAUGGACAAAGGUUCAUUGUGAAGCACAUAUUCGCCGAGAAGAGAGAGAAAUGGUCCCGGACAGAGUAUGAAGUUAUUUUUGAUCCCCAGAGGGAGACUUUCAAGUGUGAGUGUGUGAUGUACGAGCACAUGGGAAUGUUAUGCGGCCAUGCACUCAGGGUUAUGAUCAGUCUAGGUAUAACAGAAAUACCUGCAAGCCACAUCAUGAGGAGGUGGACCAGAGAUGCAUACCGUGACAUGCCUGCACAUCUUAUGAUAUAUCAAAAUGACAGCCCUGCUAUGAAAUCUACGAGCUUCCGCCACUCAGCUUUAUACAGAACUGCAAUUGAGAUUGUUCAGAUGGCCGACACUAAUCCUGAGUCAUACGAGACUUAA